UUGGGACCCCGGGCCUCGGUGCACGGACUGCUCAGGGACUUGGGACCCCGGGCCUCGGUGCACGGACUGCUCUUGGGCAUAAGGCGACCCCGGGGCCUCGGUGCACGGACUGCUCUUGGGCGUAAGGCGACCCCGGGCCCUCGGUGCACCGGCUGCCCUUGGGCGUAAGGCGACCCCGGGCCCUCGGUGCACCGGCUGCCCUUGGGCGUAAGGCGACCCCGGGGCCUCGGUGCACGGACUGCUCUUGGGCGUAAGGUCCUCUGAUUCGCCCGAGCGGGCUUCCUGGGACGGUGCACGCGACAGAUUGGACGCCUUCAGGAGGGACAAGGUUUCUUCCAGGUAUGGAUAAAUUGGGGGACGUCAUCUCCUUAGGCUGGUGUGUGUACAAACAAUGUGAAAUGGUGCAAGACUGCAAGAAACAGUGCCAGCGUCUGAGGACCCGCAUCCACGGCCUGCUGCAGCCUCUGCAAAUGCUCCAGGCCCGAGGGGAAGGGAACCUGCCCGCUAAGAUCACCACUGCGCUGAACAAUUUCCAGGAUGUCCUAGAGGAAGCUGAGAAGCAGAUAGAGAAGUUUAGCAAUAAAUCCUAUAUCCAUAAGUCUCUAACAUCGGGGAAGGACAAAAGACUCUUUAAAGACGUGAACGAAAGGCUGAACGAUGUCCACAAGGAGCUCUCACUGCUGCUUCAGGUGUAUCAGUGGGCGCCUGCUUCAAGCAUCAGCCAAGAAGUGUCCUGGGAGCAAGAAGAUCAGCAGGAUGCCGAGGAAGACUGGCGAGUCUUCCGAAGUCUAACUGGAAGUGCAAUUAUCGAAGCUUCAAUGGAGCAAUUGAAAAAUGACGUGGAAAAAAUCAUGGAGACCAACAGGAAAAAAAUCAUUGAGACCGUGAGGCACUACUUACAGAGUUUCAUGAAGAAAGUCCCAGACUAUAAAAUCAAGGAGAUUGAGAAGGAGGAGCUUUCAGAACCUGAUUGGACCCUGCUAAGGGAAAAUGAAUUCAGCAAAGUUUUUAAAGGAAAAUACCACCAAUCUCCAGUGGCCAUAAAAGUAUUCAACAACGUCAACCCCAGAAAUAUUGGAAGAGUGAGACAAACUUUCAAAAAUGAGAUCAUAACUAUGAAGAAAUUUGAUUCUCCUAACAUCCUGCGUAUAUUUGGGAUUUGCAUUGAUGAAGCGGUGACUCCACCUCAGUUCUCCAUUGUCAUGGAGUACUGUGAGCUCGGGACCCUGAGGGAACUGCUGGAUCAGAAGAAGGACCUCAAAUUGGCUGAGCGCAUUGUCCUGGCUGUGGGGGCAGCCAGAGGCUUAUACAGGCUGCACCAUUCAGAACCCCCUGAACUCCACAGAAACAUCAGCAGCAGGAGCUUCCUGGUAACUAACGGCUACCAAGUGAAGCUUUCAGGAUUGGAGUUGAGGGAAACGCAGACUUCCAUCAGCAGAACAACUAAGAGACAAAAAACAGAGAGAGUCCGUUCCACAGCAUAUAUCUCACCUCAAAUACUGGAAAAUGUGUUUGAUAGAUAUGACAUAAAAGCUGAAAUAUACAGCUUUGGAAUUGUCCUCUGGGAAAUUGUCACUGGGAAGAUCCCGUUUGAAGGCUGUGAUUCUAAGAAGAUCUGCCAGCUGGUGGCUGUGGACCGGCACCAGGAGCCACUGGGUGAAGAUUGCCCUUCACAGUUGCAGGAGAUCAUUGAUGAUUGCCGAGCAUAUGAGCCCUCCAGGCGGCCUUCUGUUAAUGAAAUCUUAGAGAAACUGUCUGUCUUUUACAAUGCUGUGGAUUGAAACUGAAACUAAGGAGUCCCUGGACAAGAAGCUGGAAGAGGCGCAAGCAGGGCAUCUUUCUCUCUCCUGUCCUUUGGCAUGGAGUUAUUUAUGGGUACAGGGGGGCAGCACUUCUAUGUUACAAAUAGAAAACAGUUCCAGGCAUGCAGAGCAUAUCCCCCUCCAAAUGAUAUUGUCAAAAAUACACCUCUGAUAGUAAUCGGUAGAUGUUUUACAAAAAUGUAUCUCUCUGUGUAUUGACACCUCUUGGCACUGUGACUUAGCGGCUCCUCCCAUCGCAAAGUGGAGUCUAUACUUGAAAUUAAUAUAUAAUUGUAUGUCAAUUAUAUUUCAAUUGAAAAGAAAUACUCUCUCCUACAAACUGAAAUGUUCAUAGAUGAUGAAAUUAUAUAUCUGGGAUUUGAUUGAAAAUAAUCCAGGGGGAGGGGGAAUAAAUACAGAUAGAGAAAAAAGUAAAAUAAGAUUAGCUAUGAAUUGCUAACUGUUGAAUCUGGAUGAUGAGUACAUAGUGGUUCAUAUGCUCUUCUCUUCUGAAUAUGCUUAAAACUUUCUACAAUAAAAUUAUUUUUUAAAAG